ACGUUGUAAAAGAAAGACGACCAAAGCACUUGGUUGGACUUAGCACGUGCAAAGAGAAACCCCAAAACUUUCAGACGUUCUUCACUUGAAAAAGAAAAAAGAAGAGCAUGCUCAAUGCUGGGUUGGAUUUGGGAUUUGCACAGUUACAAACCUAAAUCAAAUUAAACUUACUUCUACCAAAGCUUACGACUAUUACCAUUGCCUUUCUGUUCUUGUUUUCUACUUAUUUUGAUUAACAGUAGUAAGUCAUGUAGUGGUUGCAGUUCUUGAUUGAUUACGAAAAUGAGUGUUUCUUUGACUGUUAUGACUUUUAAUCUUUAUGAAGAUCAGCCUCCAGAUAGCCCUAAUUCUUGGCAAAACAGACGGGAUUUGUGUAUCAGUGUUAUUACCAGUUACUCUCCCGUCAUUCUUUGUACUCAACAAGGUGUGAAAUCCCAGUUGGAUUAUAUUCAGCAGUGCUUGCCAGGUUAUGAUCAGUUUGGAAUAUCAAGAAAAGGAUCCGAAGACACUUCAGAUGAGCACUGCACCAUCUUCUAUGACAAGGAGAAGGUAGAGCUGGUAGAAGGUGGAACAUUUUGGUUAUCAGAUUCACCAUCUGUCCCUGGAAGCAUUUCCUGGGGGGCUGCAGCUCCAUGUAUAGCAACAUGGUCGACAUUCCAAUUAAAAGGAGUUGAGCCACCGGGCUUUUCUUUUCAGAUAGUGAAUACAAACAUGGAUGAACUUAGUCCUCGCUCCCGUAGACGAAGCGCUUUACUCACUUGGCAGCAUAUUGCAUCCUUGCCUCCAAGUUUGCCUGUUGUAUACUGUGGCGGAUUUAAUACACAGAAGGAAUCAACUACAGGACGUUUUCUUCUUGGGAGAUCAAGAGAACAUGGUGUGGUGGGAGAUAUGAGAGAUGUGUGGUCCAAUGCUCGAGCUAGAAAAAAUAGCUCCCUCAUUCGCACGUAUCAUGGUUUUAAAGGUAACAAGCAAGGCGCUCUCGAGUUUUUCAAGUUGAUACUAAGAGCACUCUGCCUCUGUUGGGAUCGCCAAACUCAGGAUCUGCAUGUGGAUUGGGUCCUUUUUAGAGGUAGAUCUCUCAUCCCUUCCUUGUGUGAAGUGGUGAAUGACAAUAUUGACGGGUACUAUCCUUCCUCUCAUUAUCCAAUAUUUGUUGAGUUUACGCUUCCUCGUUCUGUGAGACUACUUGAACCACCUCCUACUCAAGACGAUCACUAAAUUAUGAUUGUUUUGAAGUUCCUUUGCUAUUUUCUUCUUUACCUUUCUUUAACAUUCAAAAAGCUUAAUUAUUAUUCAUCGAUUGUUGUGAGCAUGGCAUAUGUUUGGAGCAUAAUAUUGGUUUGGUUAUAGAAGAUCUUCAAAUGGAUGAAGUUUGUCUCUGCUUGUAUCUAAAUCUCCUACUUUUCUUCAAGAAUUAAACUUGGGGAAUGGAAACUUUCUGUGAAGUUUUACUGUAGAACUUACAUCUUAAGGUUUUUCUAAUGGUACAUUUCACGAAGAAAACAAGUUUGUUCAAGAUUCUUCCAAAUACUGAGAUGCAUCAAUUGUUUUAUUUUUACCUUUUCCGAAGUGUUUACUUGUGCAGUGUUGUAUGCCUAGUUUCUGAUAGAUUUUUACAAGAUAUGUGAAACUUGUUAUUACAAGAUAUAUUCCUAUCUGUUUUAACAUAUUCCUUCCCUCGCAAA